GGGCCCUAGCUGAGCCCAAUGUAGCCCGCCAUGUCUCCCUCCAUAUGGAUAUUCCAAGGAAUGUAGAGUCUCCAUCCAAGUCGAGUCUGUCGAUUCAAAUCUCCAUUCUACUUUCAUCCGCCUUGUCUCUUUUCAUGCGUUGCUUCUGAGAAGCGCCGUAUUCUGCGCCGCUGAAUCUUCUUCGUAUGCAGCUGUCACACCCGCAGUUCCGCGUUCGUCGGUUUUUUAGUACACGCAGCAAGCAAGCGAGAUUGGAACUUCGCACUAUUAACGUGUAGGAAAUGGCGGGCUGUGACGUCAUCAUGCCGUCCACGCCUCGACUCGGCAUGUUCUGGGCGGCAGCGCUCGGCGUCGGAGUCGUCACGUGCAGCGUCGCCUCUGUCCGUCAGAAAAACGCCGCCGCGGCUUCGAUGUCCGUCGACCUGACGGCGGACGGCACGCUUGGGAGGGUUUUCAGUCGCGGGCCGUUCCGUGUGAUUGAGGAAAAUGUGCGACCUCGGGAAUGCGCCUUCGCCCAGGAGAUGCCACCUAAGCCUGUCCGCGUGUGGGUCCCACUCCUAGAUCUCUCCAGGGGCGAAUCUUCUGACCCGGUCCAGGCUUCCUCUGCUGAUGCUAAGGCGGCUGUUUCACCUGGUCAGGAGGAGCAGAAAAACACCGGGCAGCAACAGAGCAGCACCUGGCAGGUGCCGGUGGUGGUAUUUCAGCACGGGUUUGCGUCUCAGAACUAUUUCUACUCCGACCUUCUCUCACGAAUAGCUUCCCAUGGCUACAUUGUCGUGGCGCCACAGAUGUACUCGUUAGUAGCAGGCUUCGACACCACGCCAGAAAUGCAAGAUGCAGUGAAAGUCAUCAGCUGGCUUCAUAGCAAUCUGAACGCUCUCAUUCAUACGCGAAUCAAGCCUGUUUCACCAACAGCUAGACGGGCAGCAGAACGGGCAGCUGAAAAAGGGGCGGGUGAGUGGUCACGUGAGAGGGCAGCACGAGACGAGGCAGUGGUGGCGCAACCUGAUUGGUCGAGGCUUGUGCUGGCAGGCCACAGCAGGGGAGGGAAGGUGGCGUUCGGUCUUCUGAGAGGCCUGGUGGGAUCCCACCAAGCUUCUGAGCAGGUCGCAUCCCUAGAGAUCCCAGCACCAGUAAGACACUUGGUGGGGUCUCUAGCAACAGCAAAACCCUUAUUGGCGUUGCCAGGAGCAGCAAGACCCGAGACACCAUCGCAGCAGCAGGAUCAGCCACUAAGACAGGAUCAGCUGCUAAGACAGGAUCAGCUGCUAAGACAGGAUCAGCUGCUAAGACAGGAUCAGCUGCUAAGACAGGAUCAGCUGCUAAGACAGGAUCAGCUGCUAAGACAGGAUCAGCUGCUAAGACGGAAUCAGAGAUCUCAGGAGCUAGGUCUACCUGUGUUACCAGUACCAAUUCAAGCCUCAGUGCUCUUUGAUCCCGUGGAUGCUUUGGCGUUUAAAGCCACCUAUCCUCCCACACUCACUCACCAGCCUGAUUCCAUCUCCCUGCCAUUCAACAACCCUCCUCCUGUACUCGUUAUAGGGUCAGGCCUGGGCCCCAUUCCCAGGGGCGGCAAAUCCGCUACUGAUAAAGGCAACCCAUGCGCGCCCGAGAAUUUCGGGCAUAAAGUUUUUUUCUCGGACCUGGUCGGCCCGGCGUACCAUUUUUCGGUGCCCGAAUUCGGCCAUACUGACUUUUAUGAUGAUAAUCUGGGGGCGAUUUAUGGGCCGGUGUUUAGCAGGAUGUGCAAUAAUGCUGCAGGAGUUGCAGUGGCUGUUCCAGACACGCGGAGAUUUCGGAAGCAGAGCACGCAGCGAAGCAUGGAGCAGAAGGCGCUGGAGCAGAAGGAGCUGGAGCACAAGCAGGUGGAGCAGGAGAGAAGAAGGCUUGAGGAGGUGUUUCAGAGGAGUGGAGGCAGCAGAGGGGGGGCAUGUGGAGGGGCGAGCAGAGGCAGUGACUCUGGUUUAGGGGACAGGGGAGGUCUGCUGCGCUCCAAUGGGUCCGUGUGUUGGAUUGGUUCUAGGGAUGGGAUCGACUCCAGGGACCUCUGUGAUCUGUUGCAGCACCCUGAGCAUUCUCCUGUGCUGCUGUCCGAGGUGGGGUGGAAGGUGGGGCAGUGGCAGGAAACACCAGAAGAGAUACCUGGCGUAGUUGGAGCCGCAAUUGCAACAACCGGUGCUGCUGGUGCUGCUGGUCAUGCCGCUGACAUUGCAGCUGAUGCUAUUCAAAGCCCUGCUGUUGCUGCUGCACCUAAUCUCAUUUCGCCCUUCCUGUCUCCUCCACUCCUCGUGUGCAAUCCCCGUUUCUUUUCACGCCUCUUUACUUAUUUUCUUCGAUACAUUGCGCAUAAGGUUCGUUGCAACCCUAGUUCUGAAGCGAGUUCGUUGCAUAAGGAAGCCGUUGCGUACAUCAUCAUGCCAUCCACGCCUCGGCUCGGCAUCACGUUCUGGGCGGCAGCUCUGGGCGUCGGGGUCGUCACGUGCGCCUUCGCCUUCGCCCGUAAAAAAAACGCCGCCGCCUCGACGCUCUCCGCCAACCCGACGGCGGAUGGCACGCCGGGGAAGGUUUUCAGUCGCGGGCCGUUUCGAGUGGUUGAGCAGAACGUGCGACCUCGGGACUGCCCCUUCGCGCAGGAGCCUUUACCUAAGCCCAUGCGUCUGUGGGUCCCACUCCUAGACCUCCCCUGCAGCAAUGACUCUCCUGAUUCCGCCCAGCCUUCUCCUGCUUCUCCUGCUGCUGCUGAAGCUGCACCUGAAGCAACUCCUGGCGAUUCACCUGAUCAGGAGCAGGGAAACACCUGGCGGCAACAGAGGGGCACCUGGCAGGUGCCGGUGGUGGUGUUUCAGCACGGAUUUGCGUCUCAGAACUAUUUCUACUCCGACCUGCUCUCGAGAAUAGCCUCCCAUGGCUACAUUGUCGUGGCGCCACAGAUGUACUCCAUAUUAGCAGGAUUCGACACACUGCCAGAAAUGAAGGAUGCAGUGAAAGUUAUCAACUGGCUGCAUGCCAAUCUGGACUCCCUCAUUCACAUGCGAAUAAGGCCCACUGCACUGGAAGCUGCCCGGGCAGCUGAAAGGGCAGCUGGAAAGGGAACGGGCGAGUGGUCAGCUGAACGGGCAGCAGGAGACGAGGCAGUGGUGGCGCAACCUGAUUGGUCGAGGCUUGUGCUGGCAGGCCACAGCAGGGGAGGGAAGGUGGCGUUCGGUGUUUUAAGAGGCUUGGUGGGAUCCCUAGAAAUCGCAACACCAGCAAAACACGAGACUCCAACGCAGCAGGAUCAGCCCUUGAGAAAGAAUCAGGAAUCUCAGGAGCCAGACCUGCCAGUGCUUUUGAGGCGCCUCAAAAGCGCUCAGCAGGCGCAGCAGGCUCAGCAGGGUCAGCAGGGUCAGCAGGGUCAGCAGGGUCAGCAGGGUCAGCAGGCUCAGCAGGGUCAGCAGGCGCAGCAGGCUCAGCAGGGUCAGCAGGGUCAGCAGGGUCAGCAGGGUCAGCAGGGUGAGCAGGAUCAGCCCUUGAGAAAGAAUCAGGAAUCUCAGGAGCCAGACCUGCCAGUGCCUAUUAAAGCUGCGCUGCUCUUUGACCCUGUUGACGGAACGGCUACUAAAGCCACCAAUCCCAUUACUCUCACUCACCAGCCGGAUUCCAUAUCCUUGCCAUUCAAUAACCCUCCUGUACUCGUUAUAGGCUCAGGCCUGGGGCCAAUCCCUAGGGGGGGCAAAUCUCCUACUGAUAGAGGUACCCCAUGCGCGCCCGAAAAUUUCGGGCAUAAGGUCUUUUUCUCAGACCUGGUCGGGCCGGCGUACCAUUUUUCGGUGCCCGAGUUUGGCCACGCUGACUUUUAUGACGACAAUUUGGGCCCAAUUUAUGGACCGCUGUUUAGCAGAGUGUGCAACAACGGGCCGGCUAGGGAGCUGAUGCGGGUGGCAGCAGGAGGGCUGGCAGUGGCGUUUCUCAAGGCUGUGGUUGGGGGAGGGGUGCCGCCUGGUGAUAGGACAGGUGGUGGCAUGGCACAUGCUGCAAGGACUUUAGAAGAGGAGAGACGGGCUUUGGAGCGACUAGUGGCAGAUUCUGCAGUUGAUGUAGCGACUGUAGCUGCUGCAGCAGAUGUAGCGACUGCAGCCGACAUGCAGAGUUCUCGGGAGCGAAUUACGGAGCAGGAGCAGGUGGAGCAGGAGAGAAGGAGACUUGAGGAGGUGUUUCAGAAGAGUGGAGGCAGCGGCGAAGGGGCAUGUGGAGGGGCGUGUGGAGGGGCAUGUGGAGGGGUGUGUGGAGGGGCGUGUGGAGGGGUGUGUGGAGGGGUGUGUGGAGGGGCGUGUGGAGGGGCUGACUCUGGUUCGGGGGGCAGGGAAGGUCAACUGCGCUCCAAUGGGAAUGUGGACGUGAUUGGUUCUAGGAGUGGGAUCGACUCCAGGGACCUCGGUGAUCUGUUGCAGCAUCCUGGGCAUUCUCCUGUGCUGCUGUCAGAUGUGGGGUGGAAGGUGGGGCGGCGGCAGGAAACACCUGAUGGAGUACCUGCCACGUUCUGUGGGGCUGCAACUGCUACAGCUGCUGCUACAGCUGCUGCUACAGCUGCUGCUUCUGUUCUUGGCUGAUUUUCAAACAAAUACAUAUAUAUACAGUCUGUACAGAAAGUGUUUCCACUUAUGCAUCAAACCCCUUUGGAUUGGGGAGCAGCUAGCCACACAGGUGAAUGUAUAGGAUUAC